CUAAUUCCUACCUUUACUCUUUCUCUCUCUCUGUCACUUCUUUUCUCUUUCGUCGCUCGUCUUCUCUUCUUCUUCUCCAUCUUCCUGUUUCAGCCACUCCAAUUAGGGUUUCCACAGUAAGUCGCAAAGCGCAGAAACAACUACCACGGCCAUGGGGUCCAUCCCCGAUCCCGGCGAGCUGAGCGAGGUUGCUCCUCCGCCGAGCUUCGACGAGUUCCAGCGUCAGACCUCACUUAUGACCAGCUGCACACUCCUCUGGAAGGAGCUCUCCGACCACUUCUCCUCACUUGAGAAGGACCUAGUCAGCAAAUCAGAAGCACUCAAGCUCAAGAUUCGCACCUUCGACAACCACACCGCUCAGUCCCUAAAACUCCUUGACCACCGCGAGUCCUCCAUCGAGGGAAGCGUCCAGAUCGCCCUCCGCAAACUCGACAACAACCGGACCGCUGCGCUCUCCGCUCUUACCGACUCUGACUGCGGCGACUCCGCCGCCGGCGAUGGUGAGGUGGACAAUGGCGAGGGCCUAGUGCUGAAGCUGAAGUCAUUCUGCCUGAGAAUGGAUGCGGUAGGGUUUUGGAUGUUCGUGAUCGGGAAGAAGAAGGAACUGGAGGCGCUGAGGUCGGAGAUGCCGGUGGCGCUGUCGGAGUGUGUGGAUCCGGCGAAGUUCGUGCUGGAGGCGAUAUCGGAAGUGUUUCCUGUGGACAAGAGAGGAGGGGAGAAGGUAGGUAGCGGGGACCUAGGUUGGGCGUGCGUGCUGGUGCUGGAGUCGCUGAUCCCGGUGGUGGUGGACCCUGUGAUAGGGAAGUCGAGGUUGAUGGUGACGCCGGCAGUGAAGGAGAGGGCGAAGGAGAUCGCUGAGACUUGGAAGGCGAGCCUUGAAGAGAGGGGAGGGAUCGAGAACGUGAAGACCCCUGACGUGCACACGUUCUUGCAGCACCUUGUCACCUUGCUGAUGAAAUGCCUGGUACUCUCUCUCUCUCUCUCUCUCUCAAAAUGAAAGAUGACUAUAGAAAUGUCAAAUAUGAUUGAAGAGUUAAUCAGCAAAGGCCAGCAGCUUGAUGCAGUGCACUUUACAUAUGAAGUAGGUCUUGUGGACAAGUUCCCUCCUGUUCCGCUACUCAAAUCUUAUUUGAAGGAUGCAAAGAAAGUUGCAUCAUCUAUAUUGGAAGAUCCUAAUAAUGCAGGCCGAGCUGCGUUGGAAGAAAGGGCUCCAAGUGGUAAAAAUGCCUUGUUAUAUUUUCUAUACUUAUCUGAAGCAGGUUCACUAUUUAAAUUGACUUCUUUCUAUGUGCUUCAUAAAAUUUACCAGACCCUAGCUGCAAGAAAAGAGCAAUCUGCCCUCAGGGCUGUGAUUAAAUGCAUUGAAGAGUACAAACUUGAGGAUGAGUUCCCUCCCGAAAAUCUGAAGAAGCGACUUGAUCAGUUGGAGAAGGUCAAGACGGACAAGAAGAAACCAGUUGUUGUCCCUGCCAACAAAAGAACAAGAGCAAGCAACAGCAAUGGAGGCCCAAUGCCUCCUGCCAAGGCUGGCCGUUUGACCAACGCAUAUGUGUCAUCUUUCCCUGCUGCUCCGGCAUUUGUUAGGUCUCCAUCACACGGGCAAUACCCAGCUGCUCUUCCAGCAUAUCCUUCCCCACCACACAUGUACGGAAGCAGAAGCCCCCCAGCAAACCCCUAUGCUGCUUACUCACCGGAGCCAGCACCAGCUAUGGCAGGUUCAUACCCAGCUGCAUCAAUGAACUACCCUGCAUAUGGUGGCUAUGGAAAUGUUAUGGCACCAACUUAUCAGCAGGCUUACUACCGAUAGACAUGACAUCCCCAAAGAUGGUAACCACUGAUAUGACGACCUUGAUCCCAUUUACUUUCUCAAUGUUGUUUGUAAUCACUAACCGUUUUAACGGUAGAAGUUCUGUGUGUUAAUUAUAACUACUGUCCCACUUCCUGCUCUGCAUGGCGAGAAGUUGUAUUUCUAAUGUUGAUCCCGUAGUACUAGGCGAUUGUGGAAGUAACUAGGACGGCCAAGAAACAUCAGAAAACUCAUCUACCAAUGUUCGGUUUAGUUGUAGAAAGACUUACUGUUACUAUGUUUACAAUUAUAUAUGCUUAUCCUGUGAUCGAACUUGAAGGAAAAAGGAGAAAAAAAAAUGAAAAGGAGGAGAGUAGGAACGUUCAAUAUGUUUCUUGGCAGCUGUUGACUAAGGUAUAAAGAUCUGUGAAGGAGAUAAAUGAUGAAAUCUCGUCUGAGUUUAAUGUUUUUUAA